CGGGGGACAAGUGGCUCCGGCAGCGUGUGACAACCAGCCCGGAUGGCCGGGGACUCUGGAAUGGCCGGGAAGGUGGCGCUGCUCCUGUGGGCCCAGACCCUCGGCCUCGCUGGUGUCCAGAGCACCCAGCUGCUCGUGGAGCCCCCCUGGACGCCGGCGGUGCUGUGGGACCGGGUGACACUGACCUGCCAGGGCUCGGGCACCCGCGGUGCCACCACCUGGUACAAGGACGGGCGGCUCUGGUGGCAGGAAGGACCUGACCAUUUCCUCAUCACCGAGAGUGGCACCUACACGUGUGACAGUUCCGGCACCGGGCUCAGUCCCCCUGUGAGCGUCUUAAAUGAGCGGCUGGUGCUGCAGCUGCCGGCGCGGGCGCUGCUCGAGGGGGACACGGUGACACUGCGCUGCCGGCGCUUGCGGAACAUGCCUGUCACCGGGGUACGGUUUUACCGCGAAGGCGAGGAUGUGGGGGGCGCCCUCAGUGAGAGGGGGACCGAGCUCUUCCUGCCCCCCCGGCAGCUGCACCACGGCAGCCGCUACAGCUGUGGGGGCUGGGUGAGCUCCGGACUGUCACCGUGGGCUGAGUCGGCGCCGGUGACAGUGACAGUGCACGAGCUGUUCCCGGUGCCGGUGCUGGAGGCUCCCCCUGAGCCCACCGAGGGGUCCCCCCUGAAUCUCAGCUGUCUCAGCCCCCCCAGCCCCCUGCGACCCCGAGCCCCCCUCCUGCACCUCUUCUACCGGGACGGGCGGGUGCUGGGGGGCCCGCAGGUGUCCCCACAGCUCCUGGUGCCCGCCGCGGGGGUCUCGCACUCGGGGGAUUACAGCUGCGAGGUGCGCUCCGAGUGGGGGACCGUGCGGAAGAGCAGCGCCCGGCUCCGCGUCACGGUGCGCAGGGUCCCGCUCUCGGGGGUGUCGCUGUCGGCGCAGCCCCCAGGGGGACGGGUGGCACUGGCUGUGGCUGUGAAUGUCGGCAGGACCCUCCUGUUCCUGGUCCUGCUCCUGGGUGUUGUCGGGGGCUGUCACUGCUGGUACCGCGUGGCUGUCAGGAAGCCCUGGGACAGGGCCCCCCCACAGCUCAGGGUCCCCCCGCAGGAGGUGGAGCUGCUGGACACUCAUGUUGUGCGCACCGAGUGGGUGGGAGUACCCCCAGUGGCUCCUCACUCCCUGUCCCAGUUCCAGGGGGGCACAGGACCUGUUUCCCUGCUAUUGGACCCAAAAUGCAACUUUUUGGUUGAAUUGGCACAAAUGGUGUUGGUUUGUUCAGCUCUGCCGUGGUUUAGGAAUGAAAUAUUCCAGUUCUGUGCUUCCACUGAAAACCAGGAGCUGCUCCCCCUCCAACUGGAGUCACAAAAGGCAAAGAUCACAGGCUGA